GACACUGUUGAAGGUUGAUCAGUAACCAGCGAACAGAGCAAGAAUAACUGAACCAAGUCUACUCGAUUCAUGCUGGAAAACCCAGACCAACAACCAAGACCCCAUGUAGUUCAGUAACAAGUCUGUUUUUGUAAUGUCAUGAAGAGUCAUGGUUUUGUUCUGUGUUUACUUGGUAGCUAUUGUUCUUCGUUACUUCGCCGUUUGCAUACUCGCAGACUCGACGUCUAACAUUACUACAACUGUGCUGCAUAGUACAAGCUACGUGUUUACACAUACUCAUACCCAAACACCAACCUUAUCAAUUUUACCGACGCCUUUGGGAGUCAUUUCAUCAUCAUCCACAAGCAGUCAUGCACCAAGAUUGACCGCCACACCUGCGUCAAGUAAAGAUACAAUCAGCUUGAGUAGUAUGUAUUCCUCAGUGAUCAGUAACGAUACAAACGUAAAAAGAAAACCUCCGAGAAUACCAGGUGGUGGUGCAGAGCUUUCCUCGUUUGGUAUUGUGAUGGUUGUAAUUGCUGGCAUUCUUGUAGCAGUCAUGAUUGUAUGCUUGCUGAUUAUAUGCUGUAGGGGCAGAGAACGAGGGCCUGAAAGAGCGCAUACUCCACAUCAUUCCAACGUCAAAAUGAAACCUUGGAAAACAGCAGACCUAAGCACAACAAAUGAGCUUUCUGAAGAUUCCAUAUACAACACGAACCAUCCAAAAAGUCAUCAUAAUUCAGGACUCGUAAAUACGAGUCCACAGUUGAGUCCCACGUCCAACAACAAUUCCUCGCUGAAUACGACUACAGAAUCAUUCCGGACACUACAAACAAACUCCCACGGGGACUUGGGGGAUUUUGGACGCAAAUUAUCCCUUGGGCGUCAAGCCUACGAACCACAGGUGUCCGUAGAAGAGGAUGCCGCUGUUCAUGAGCCUGCAUUAGAGGCUAAGGGAGAGUCAGCUGAUAUGAAAGUCCAUUACGUAUGACACUGAGGGAAUUCGCCAAAGAAUCGAAUCACCCAAGCAGCUCUCAGCACUACCUUACAAAACUAACAAUUUUGUUAGCACUGCUUCCAGCACUUAACGUGUAUGCUCAAUUUUGAGAAACAUUUCUAGUUUUCUUGGCCAAAUGCUGUAAAUACAAAUUACCAAUGUCAUUCUAUACUUUUAUUUUUUUACCAUUUACCAUUCAUAAUGUCCAUAUACUAAUAAAAUCAUACUCCAAGAAAUUUAUCUAAAAAAUAAAGUAUUGUCUAUUAUA